GUCAAUGGCCGCAUGUUUGCUAUUUAGUAGUUUGUUUAUAUUUGGAUUUUAGUAAGAAAUUCAUAAUCUUAUGGAUUGAUCUUUUAAUUUAGAUUAGAUCUUUAACAAUUGAAAAAAUGAUUGUCAAUGUCUUUGACAAGUACUUGAUAUGUCUCUCGAUUUCAACCAAUAUUUACAGUAGUUUAUAAGCCCGUCAACUAACUAAUAAUGUCGUUAGCACGAUAAGCAUCAUGGCUAGCAAUCAAGUAGCCGAAUUGGUGUCGGGUCUAAAGGCCCGUCACACAGAGACAAGACAUAAAGCUAUCCGUGAAUUGUUACACUUUGCGAAAACCGACCUGCGUGAAUUGUCACAAGACUGUAUGAUACAAGUGUUAGAUGAUUUUAACCAACAUAUUCAUACGAUGACUUCAAGUUAUGAUAAUAAUGAAAAGAAAGCUGGCAUCCUUACUAUAGUGUGCCUGAUUGGUGGAGAUACAGAGACGACUAAAACAAGAACUAUACGCUAUGCGCAUUAUUUAAGAAAUAUAUUUCCUACAUCAGAUAUUAGUGUUUUGGAACUGGCAGCGAAGACUAUGGGCCGCUUGGCUGCAAGUUUAGGUGUAAAACGAGGAGAAUAUGUAGAGUAUGAAAUAAAAAGGGCAUAUGAAUGGCUCGAAGAAGAAAGAAAUGAAGGAAAAAGACUUUCAGCUGUUCUCAUACUUCGAGAACUGGCUAUUGCAAUGCCAUCAUAUUUCUAUCAACAUAUAAACAUGUUUUUUAGACAUAUUACGAUAGCCCUUCGAGAUCCAAAAGAUUUGAUUAGAGAAGCAGCUGCAAAAUCUUUACGUGCAGCUUUUGUCGUUAUUACCCAAAGGGAAAGUCCUGAAAAUAGCAGUAAAGUUGACUGCUAUUCUGAAUGUUAUGAAGAGGCCGUAAGUUCUUUUACUGAUCAAACUAUACGAGAGAGAGGACUGAGUAGAGACGACCAUGUUCAUGGAGCCUUAUUAAUUUUAAAUGAGCUCUUGAGGUGUUCGAAUGCUGCGUGGGAAAAAAAAUAUACUGUUCUAAUGCAGAAACUAGACGCAGAACAAGAAGCAUCUGAUGAUAUGCUUUCUUUUAGUUCAAAAGUUCAGAACACAUGGCUGACACAAAACUAUUCAGAUGAAAAAAGCGAAAGUCCCAUUUAUGAAUCCGUAGUCUGUAAAAAAAUUAUUACUGAUAAAUAUGAAAAGAUUUGUUCAGAUGUGAUGGCGCAACAAAUAUCAAGGUCACAUAAUGUUCAUCAAAUGCUACUUUUAUUAAUACCCAGGUUAGCGGCUUUUAACAGGGAAGCAUUUGUAAAACGACAUCUUAAAUCUACAAUUAACCACUUGAUAACAUUCUUACGAGGCAGAGAAAAAGAGAAAGCAAUGGCUUUUACCACUUUAGGUUUGAUAUGUGUAGCUGUAGAAGCAGAAAUUAAACAGUAUUUGUCGCGCAUUAUUGAAAUUAUAAAAUUAACACUACCUAUUAAGGAUACACCUAGAAAACGUCAUGGAUCAGAUACACCAUUGUUUAAUUGUGUCACACUAUUAGGAUUCGCGAUGAAAGAAAAUGUUGUAAAUGAUGUAAAAGAAUUGCUAGAUCCAAUGUGUGCUACUGGUUUAAGCCCACAACUUACAACUUGCUUUAAAGAGCUAAGUCAACACAUGCCGUCUUUAAAAAAAGAGAUUUCUGAUAGGUUGAUAAAUAUGCUAUCAUUGAUAUUACGAAAGAAACCUUAUGUACAUCAUAAUUCAGAACAACAAAUAGUUCAUAUGAUGUCUACUGCAAUGUUAGUGGAACCAUAUGAUGCCUCAAAACUAGUACUUGCUCUGCGGACUCUUGGGUCUUUUGAUUUUGAGUGGGCUAAUACAUUGAUGUCUUUUAUAAAGAGAUGUACAGACUAUUAUUUACUUAGUGAACAACACGAUAUACGAUUAGAAGCAGUCAAAACUGCUGCAAAAUUAUUGGUAAAGGCUAUUGAAAGAUGUAUUCAAACGAAUUCUAGAACCCUAAAUUUCAUUAUUGAUGAAUCUAUUAGCAAGUUAUUGGCUGCAGGGCGAUCAGAUUUCGAUCAAGAAGUCCGUUAUAAAGUACUUGAGGUAUUUACAAAUCCUGUAUUUGAUAAAUAUUUAGCUGUUGAAGAAAAUCUGAGUGGUUUGUUUGUUGCAAUCAAUGAUUCAAACAAUGAUGUGAGCGAAUUAGCAUUAUGUGUAGUUGGUAGAUUGAGCAACAUAAACCCAAGCUACACAACACCUACUCUACGACAGUUAUUUGUGCAAAUUUUAAUGGAGCUACAACACUCUGAAUCAACACGUAAUAAAGAACAGUCGUUAAGGAUGAUGAACAAUAUUAUUUGUCAUGCACCCAGAAUUACACAACAGUUUGUGGAUAUUAUUCUUAAAGUACUUGUUCCUAAAUUAAGAGAAGAAGAUAGCAAUAGUACUAUGGUCUGCACUAUUUUAAAAGCUAUCGGAGACUUGGCUGAGGUUAAUGGUGGUGGACAUGCUUUAAAUCAGUGGCUUCAUGAACUAUUGUCAUUUCAAAUUGAGUUACUUGCAGAUCCAAAUCAACCUGAAAAGAGAAACAUUGCUUUAUGGUCUUUAGGACAAGUAAUUUGCGCAACAGGACAUGUUAUCAUGCCCUAUAUGGAAUAUCCAAAUUUAAUGGAUUUAUUACUUAAUUUUUUAAAGACCGAACAGCAGGUGAGAGAUAGACGAGAAACUAUUAGAGUUUUAGGUGUAUUGGGAGCAUUAGAUCCAUAUAAACAUAAAGUCAAUAAAGGUUUGAUUGAUUUUCAAACGGUUUCAACCUUAAUACCAGUAACAGAGUCUACUAAAAAUGAGCUCUCAGAUACUAGUAUGAGCGACAUGCUCAUCAGGAUGGCACCUUUGAUUCUUGACGAGUUUUACCCAGCUAUUGUAGUGACGUCACUAAUGAGUAUCUUACGAGAUCCUAUGCUGGUCCAACAUCACACAAGUGUUGUCCAUGCAGUUACUAUAAUAUUCCAGUCAUUGGGAAUAAAAUGCGUACCAUAUAUAUCUCGUGUUACACCCAGUCUUUUAUAUGUGAUACGUAAUACGGACAACAAUAGCUUUCGAGAUUUUUUACUAACCCAGUUGGCGCAAUUAAUUUCUGUAGUCAAAAUUCACAUUCGUAAUUAUCUUGAAGAUAUAUUUGAUAUGAUUAGAGAGUAUUGGACUCCAGACAGUCAGCUACAGCCUACUCUCAUCAUGCUUGUUGAACAUAUAACUGUGGCUAUUGGUACAGAGUUUAAAAUAUAUCUAAGGAAAAUCUUGCCAAAUAUUUUACGAGUUCUCAAAAAUGAUAAGAGCAAAGAUAAAAUUUUGACUGAGAAAAUGCUUCUAGCCAUUCAAAAGUUUGAAAACAAUUUGGAUGAUGUGCUACUUUCGGUAGUACCAGCGAUAACGGGACUUUUUGAUGGAAAGAAUAUACCAUUAUCUAUAUCCAAAUUGGCUAUGGAAACAAUGCAGCACUUAUCUAUGUAUUUAUAUUUGAAACCAUAUUCUGCGGUGAUAAUACAAGCUUUGGCCAAAGUCCUCGAAAACAAUCCUACACUGAGAGUGACAGCUAUGAAUACUUUGUGCGCAUUAAUUAUACAAUUAGGACGCGAAUAUAUUGAUUAUAUACCAUCAGUUGAGAGGCUACUACUCAAGCAUAAAAUCCAGUGUCCCAAUUACAUAGUUUUAGUGACUCGUCUGCAAGUUAUAUCAACGCUCGCAUCAGACGAUGAUUAUCUAGAUGAAACACGGUCACGAUUAAGGAAUCAAAAAAAUGAUAUGCUAACAAAUGCUGGAGACAUGCAAGGCAUUCAGAAACUAACAGUGAAUGUAAACAAUCUUCGCAAGUGCUGGUCAACAAGCAAUAUAAUCUCCAAAGAUGAUUGGUUGGAAUGGUUACGUCAUCUGAGUAUCGGUUUUCUAACUGAAUCUAACAGUCCAGCACUAAGAGCCUGUUCAUCUCUCGCUCAACAUUAUCCUCAGCUAGCGCGAGAUUUAUUUAAUCUAGCGUUUAUGUCGUGUUGGACUGAAUUAGAUGAAAGAGCUCGCAAAGAGGUAGUCAGUGCGCUAGAGAGAGCAUUGACCGUACCCGAUUCGCCUGAGUUGGCCCUCACUGUGUUGAACCUGGCUGAAUUUAUGGAACAUUGUGAAAAGGGAGCACUUCCUAUCUCAAUCAAAUUACUAGGAGAUACGGCUGUUACUUGUAGAGCUUAUGCAAAAGCUCUCUAUUAUAAGGAAGAAGAAUACCGGCGAUAUACAUCUACUCAAGUAGUGGAAGCUCUUAUUCAUAUAAAUAAUAAACUUCAACAAAGAGAAGCAGCUAGUGGUCUUUUGGAGAAGGUGAUAACUCAGCAGAAGGAAGGCAAUUGCUCAUUAAACGUUCACGUUCGAUGGUAUGAAAAGCUUCACAAUUGGGAACAAGCACGAGAUUUAUACAAUAAAAAACUUGAAACAGAACCUCAAGAUGAAGAGUCUAAACUAGGUCUUUUGAGAUGCCUCGAUGCAAUGGGGGAAUGGCAAAAGUUACAUGACGUUUCCGCCGACCAGUGGCAUAACAUGACUAUUGAAAUGAGAACCAAGUCAGCCAAGUUAGCCGCUGCCGCCUCGUGGGGCUUGCAAGAAUGGGAUUCCAUGAGAAAAUAUGUCGAUUUCAUAUCUGAAGAUUCCCAUGAAGGUGCAUUCUAUCGAGCAGUACUCGCUAUCCACGAAGGCCACUGGGCAGAAUCGAGACACUACAUUGAUUCUGCACGAGGUAUUCUUGAUACUGAACUGAUGGCCGUGGUAGGUGAGAGUUAUCAGCGGGCUUAUGGGGCUAUAGUAAACGCCCAAUUUUUGACAGAGUUGGAAGAAGUUGUUACUUAUAAAUUAGUUGAAGAGAGAAGAAGUAUAAUAAGGAAAAGUUGGUGGUUGAGGCUCCAAGGAGGCCAACGUGUAAUGGAAGAUUGGAGAAAGAUGUUGCAAAUACGCGGAUUGGUCUUGUCUCCUCGUGAAGAUUUUCAAUCGUGGUUAAAAUAUGUUUCAUUGUGUCGAAAAACAGGAUCUUUCAAUGAGGCGCAUAAGAUUGUACUUUCGAUAUUAGGCUGCGAUCCGGUCAAUAACCUCGAUAUAUUAUUACGUGUCCAAGAACCUAGAGUCGUUUUAGCAUAUAGUAAAAAUCUUUGGGAUGCAGGUAAUAAGCGCUUGGCUUACGACGUCUUACAGAGAUUUGUCGAUAACACAGAACCUGAUAACGAAGAACAGAGUAGACUCUUAGCCCGCUGCCAUUUAAAAUUAGGCUCUUGGUGUGAAUCUCUUCAGGAGAUCAAUGAGUUAUCUAUCCCAGAGAUUCUUAGAAAUUAUGCCGCGGCUACCAAUUUAGCUCCAGAUUGGUAUAAAGCAUGCCAUGCCUGGGCGUGUAUGAACUUUGAAACAGUUUUAUAUUACAAACAGCAAGACAAUGUCUCUGAAAGUAGUACAGCUGGCAGUUCUACUGAAAAAAAAGUGUCAAGACCAGACUUCAUCAACACUCAUACGAUUCCAGCAAUAGAAGGAUUUUUCAAGUCCAUCAGCCUAUCAAACGGCAGUGCUCUACAAGAUACGUUACGCUUGUUAACCUUAUGGUUCGAUUACGGUCAUAACACAGCAAUAUACGAUGCUUUAUUUGAAGGCAUAAGGCAAAUAGAUAUUAAAAUAUGGCUUCAAGUGAUACCUCAGCUAAUAGCUAGGAUAGACUCUCCAAGAAGCCUUGUGGCAAAAUUGGUACAUAUUUUACUUAUAGACAUCAGCAAGUUACAUCCGCAAGCGUUAGUAUAUCCCCUAACAGUAGCAAUGAAGUCUUCAUUUGUAACUCGCAAAAAUGCUGCAAGUUAUAUUCUUAAGACGAUGUGUACACACUCGCAGAAUCUGGUUAAUGAAGCCGCCAUUAUUUCCGAGGAACUGAUUAAAGUGGCUAUUCUAUGGCACGACCAGGUGAUCAUAGCAAUAGACGAAGCAUCUAGAUUCUAUGCUACAGAGAAGGAUUUCCGUGGUAUGUUUAGAACUUUAGAUAAAAUGCACGUAAUGCUAGAUCGUCCACCGGAAACAUUGAAGGAAAUCUCGUUUCUCCAAAUGUAUGGUAGAGAUCUCAAAGAGGCACAACGAUGGAGUGAAUUGUACAAGGCAACAGGUGAAGAUAGGUACUUGAACGAAGCAUGGGAGCUCUACUAUCACGUACUCAGGCGUAUUAUGGCACAGUUCCGUUCGCUGACGUCACUGGAGUUACGUUAUGUGAGCCGACGGCUCCACAAUUGCAGAGACUUUGAACUCGCUGUGCCCGGUUCCUAUGUGCCCAAUGAAAAGGUCAUCAGAAUUUCGCAUAUUCAUAGCCAUCUACAGGUGAUUAAGUCGAAGCAACGCCCCCGUCGUCUCACCAUACACGGAUCGGAUGGUAAACAGUAUAUGUUCCUGCUGAAAGGUCACGAGGACUUGAGGCAGGACGAGCGCGUGAUGCAGCUGUUCGGUCUCGUAAACACAUUGCUGCAGACUGACACGAACACGUAUAGACACGACCUGGCCAUACAAAGAUACGCUGUCAUACCUCUUUCACCGAAUUCCGGUCUCAUAGGCUGGGUCCCUCAGUGCGAUACACUUUACAAUCUCAUCAGCGACUACCGAGACAAGAAGACCAAUAAGAUGGCUUUGAAUACGGAACAACAGAUAAUGCUACGAAUGGCCUCCGAUUACCAGAAUUUAAUGUUGAAGCAUAAGGUGGAAAUAUUCGAGUAUACCCUAUCACAAACGCCAGGGAACGAUUUAGCCCGGCUUCUGUGGUUGAAGAGUCCGUCUGCGGAGGUAUGGUUCGAGCGUCGCACCAACUAUACGCGCUCGCUGGCCGUCAUGAGUAUGGUGGGGUAUAUACUGGGAUUGGGCGACAGACAUCCCUCAAAUAUCAUGCUGCACCGCGUUACAGGGAAAGUGUUGCAUAUUGACUUCGGUGAUUGCUUCGAAGUCACCCAGACGAGGGAGAAAUUGCCAGAGAAGAUACCGUUUAGAUUAACGAGGAUGCUAAUUAAUGCGAUGGAGGUGACUGGCAUCGAGGGUACGUACCGAUUCACUUGCGAAUCUGUGAUGCAUGUGCUACACAAACAUAGAGACAGCGUAAUGGCUGUACUGGAAGCUUUCGUACACGACCCAUUGCUCAACUGGCGGUUGGUGGAAGUAGAGGCACGGUCGCUCACCGCGUCCACGUUCUCAUCCGAUAUAGACUCCUCGUACACUCUACCAAGCCGUAGUCGGAAUGUCCGUUGCGAAUCACUGGAACCGCUGCCGGAACCUAACCUCAAUAAGCGAGCACUCGCCAUCCUCAACAGGAUACGAGACAAACUCACCGGCAGAGAUUUCCCCCACACCGAAGCCGUUGUCAGCGUACCAAAACAGGUAGAUUUACUCAUCAAACAGGCCACCAGCAAUGAGAAUCUAUGUCAGUGUUACAUCGGCUGGUGUCCAUAUUGGUAAUUUAACUUCUUAAUUAACCGCUUUGCAAAUCCCGAUAGCGUUUAUGUCUGGCACAACGAAACGAUCGUGGUAGCUAUAAAAUUUCGAAGUUUUCCAAAUUAACUAUUUAUUUUUCUGCGUAGAUAUGAAAUUGAUACAAAGAAAAAUAUAGAGUUUCUUUGCUUUGUCAUCAUAACGAUGCUUAAAUUAAUCCGUUAUUGUUUAAAGGCAUUCUCCGAAAAGAAAUUUUACAUUCAUAAAUGUAUUUUUUUUAUGUACAUUCACGGGACGGAGAUGGCUUUGUUACUAUGUAAUUAUUCUAUCAAAGUAAGAUAUGAUAUCUUAUCUUGAUUUAUAGUGACCUUAAAAAAAUAAGUGAAAUUAACGGGACUUCGACAUAAUUACUUCUUUAAAUCUUAGUAAUUGUUUGUACUGAUUGUGUUAUGUAAAUAAACGAGACUUGCGUACAUGAUGUUAUAUCUUAUAUUUCUGUUGUUGUCCAAUGUUCAUUAUAAUGUAUAACAAUUUGUUUUUCGAUAAUUUCUUAGAUGAUAAAAUUGCAGACAAGACGGGUUAUUUAUCAAAAAAGAUUUUCAUCUCUAUUAUCAAACUUUAUAUUAGGGUCUCACCUGACGGCAUUUUUCAACUGUGGGAAUUAUCACUUUUUUAAUUUAGUAUUAGUAUUACGUGUAUGUAUUAUUAUGGAAUAGGUAAUUUUUGUAAUGUUAACCUAUUAACAGUCAUAUGGCUUCCUUGUUGCAAUUUUAUUUAUGAUUAGACCUCAGUAUUUGUCAUUGAUUGUUUGUUUUGUAUGUUGUACUUUUUUGAAGGUCGUCAUUUUGGAGUGUUUUGUGUAAUGUAGCGAUGACAUAUUAUGGUGAACGUCUACUUGGUACUCAAGGAAGCAACGGCACGCGACGGAUUUAAAUUUGUAUUAGCUUUAUUUGAGUUUGUAUAGCACUGUGACAAUCGCAGCAUUAAAGGAAUAAUACAACUGAAGAAUCGAUACUUAAGUAAUCGAUAUUUUUGAAUGUUUCUGAUUUUUUUUUUUAAUAAAUAAAAUAUACAUAAAAUCCUUUUAACAUAGCUAUUUCUAAAUACUCAAAACAUGUGUAAAACCUACACAAAAGUCUGAAUCAUAAUCAAAUUCUAAAUUAUCCCGAUAAUUUCACCAUCGACGGGCUUAGAAAAGCUACAAACACCGCCGUGUUCUGUCGGUUGCGGCAAUAUGAAGAAGUGUGCGAAAGAUAAAGGAAAUAUCUAUUUGUUUGCGUAUAGGUAAACAUACGAAUACGGUGGGCGUAUGGAAUCGGCAAAUCAGUUUAAUCCUUUGCGUGCCCUGCGUGCGUUCAAAAUAACCGCAUAUAUAUUGUUUUAUUAUUAAGAUCACCAUCGCAACUUAUUUCUACCUCUUCUAUUAUGUUUUAAGAUUGUUGCAUUUAUUUAUCGGAUUGUUAUGUUACGGGCUUAUCAUAUUAAAAGAGUUAUUUGCUAAAAUAUAUUUAUUUAGAUACCAUACGCACUAUAUAUAUCCAUAAUGUUUACUACUUCCGAUGUCAAGAGUAAUAUCUAUGUUAUUUCCAAUAAUAUUUCCAGUAACAAUAUUGUUUCAAUACCAACUAUAACAUCAAAUUUUUUCAAAUAUGAAAUACAGUGCAAAAUCCACCCCUUUAUGUAAGCGAUCUCUACUAAUGAUUUAAAUAGCGCUUUUAAUGUCACUUACUAUUUUGUAAACAUUGUAAAUAAAAGUGACUAUGCUAUAAAUUUAUACAGUUAAGUAUGAAUGUGUAAAUACACUGACUCAAUAAAUUGAUUUAUAAUUAUUU